AUCAAUCGCUUACUUUCCGGACAUGUGCGUAUGGCGUCCAUCGAUGUGAUUGCGUGCAUGCGGCGAGUGAUUUGCAGUUUGUCUUUAAUCCACUAAUUUACUUUAUUAUCCAUAUAAAAAUGGCAGAAAACGAGAAAAUUAAGAAAAAAGAUAAAAAAAAAUCUCUUGGAGAGAUUCAAACUAUUAUGGCAUGUGAAAUUAAACCGUCCACUGAAGAAGUAAAAUUAAAUUGUGAAGAUUGGCCACUUUUAUUUAAGAAUUUUGACAAAAUGUUUACUCGAACAAAACAUUUUACUCCUUUAACUAGUGGUUCUACCCCACUCCAUCGCUCAUUAUCUGAAUAUAUAAAAUCAGGUUGUAUUAAUCUCGAUAAGCCUUGCAAUCCAUCGUCACAUGAGGUUGUAGCUUGGAUAAAAAGAAUUUUAAAAGUAGAAAAGACUGGACAUUCAGGUACCUUGGAUCCUAAAGUAUCAGGUUGUUUGAUUGUAUGUAUUGAUAGAGCAACAAGAUUAGCAAAGUCUCAACAGUCAGCAGGAAAAGAAUAUGUGGGAGUAUUUAAACUCCAUUCAGCACCUGAAAGUGUUCAAAAAGUACAUCAAGCAUUAGAGAAAUUACGUGGUGCAUUGUUCCAAAGGCCUCCUCUUAUAUCUGCAGUUAAACGACAAUUGCGUGUUAGAACUGUCUAUGAUAGCAAGUUUUUAGAUUAUGAUGAAGAACGCAAUAUGGGAGUAUUUCAUAUGAGUUGUGAAGCUGGUACAUAUAUCAGGACUAUAUGUGUUCAUCUUGGGCUUUUCUUGGGUACUGGUUGCCAAAUGCAGGAUUUACGAAGAAGUCGUUCUGGUAUUCAAUCUGAAAAAGAUAAUAUGGUGACCAUGCAUGAUAUUCUUGAUGCCCAAUGGUUAUAUGAUAAUCAUGGAGAUGAAUCUUAUUUAAGAAGAGUAAUAAAACCAUUGGAAGCACUUCUUGUAAAUCAUAAAAGGAUAAUUGUCAAGGACAGUGCUGUAAAUGCAAUUUGUUAUGGAGCCAAAAUAAUGUUACCAGGCAUUCUGAUGUAUGAUGAUGGUAUUGAACUAAAUCAAGAAAUUGUAAUUGUAACAACGAAAGGCGAAGCUAUAGCACUUGGUAUAGCAUUAAUGACAUCGCCCACAAUGACUGCUUGUGAUCAUGGUGUAGCAGCUAAAAUUAAACGUGUUAUCAUGGAAAGAGAUGCAUAUCCAAGGAGAUGGGGUUUGGGACCUAAAGCAUCGAUAAAAAAACGAAUGAUAAUUGAAGGAAAAUUAGAUAAACAUGGUAAACCAAAUGAAAAUACACCUGCUGAUUGGUUACAGAAUUAUGCUGAUUAUUCUACUACAGUUGAUGUUAAGUCUGAAAAUAAUGGAGUAACAGAAGUUGCUGGUAAAAAAAGAAAAUAUGAAAGUACAGUAACUGAAGAUAUAGUUAAAGAGGAAACCGAAGAUCACGAAAUAACUUCACCAAAAGAAAAAAAGAAAGAAAAAAAAGAUAAAAAGAAAAAGAAAAAGGAAAAGGAAAAACAAAGUAUAGAAAGUGAAGAUUCUGUAAAAAUUGAAGAGAAAGAAGGUGAAACUAUGGAUGUAUCUGUAAAAGAAGAAAAGAAAAAAAAGAAAAAGAAAAAGGCUAAAGAACAAGAAACUCCACUUUCGAGCUAG